CGCAGGCUGCCAUUCUGCGCUUACACAGUAUGGCCGGAGACAUUAGCUAACAUUUGCCUACGGUAUUCUCUGUAAAAGGGAAGACGGUAAAAGAAAACAAGGCAACUACAUCUGGACUGCAACUAAGCUACUAAAUUAUAACAACCAACAAAGGACUAAUUUAACUGGGACUCCAUCCGACGGUUUAGUUUCUGCUGUUGGGGUCUGUCUGUGUCACGAUGGAAGAGAGCAGCGCACACUUCUUCGAGGGGACCGAGAAGCUCCUGGAGGUGUGGUUCUCCCGAGAAGACGAAAGCAAAGGAACCGGGGAUCUGCGCACUAUCCCCAGAUUUGAGUGGGACAAACUUCUGGAGAAUGUGCAUUGUUUGAUUAUAAGUGUGACGAAGACUGACAAGCGGGAAGCUUAUAUACUCAGUGAGAGUAGCAUGUUUGUCUCCAAGAGACGUUUCAUUUUGAAGACAUGCGGAAGCACCCUCUUACUGCAGGCACUGGUGCCACUGCUGGAGCUGGCUCGUGAGUACUGCGGCUUUGAUGCCAUCGAGAAUUUCUUCUAUUCUCGUAAAAAUUUUAUGAAGCCCACCCAUCAAGAGUUCCCUCACCGCAACUUCCAGGAGGAAGUCGAGUUCCUCAGCCAGAUUUUUCCAAAUGGAGCAGCCUACUGUAUGGGACGUCUGAACUCAGACUGCUGGUAUCUGUUUACGCUGGAGCUGCCAGAAUACUGGGAGAAUAAGCAGGCGGACCAGACACUAGAAGUUCUGAUGAGUGACCUCGACCCGGCUGUGAUGGACCAGUUCUUCAUGAAAGACGGUGUUUCUGCUAAUGAUGUCACUCGUAUGAGUGGAAUUCGUGACCUGAUUCCAGGUUCAGUGAUUGAUGCCACAAUGUUCAACCCUUGUGGAUACUCCAUGAAUGGAAUGAAAACGGAUGGAACUUACUGGACGAUUCACAUCACCCCCGAACCGGAGUUCUCCUAUGUCAGCUUUGAAACCAACCUCUCCCAGACGUCUUACGACGAGCUUAUCCACAAAGUCGUGGAUGUCUUCAAACCAGGGAAAUUUGUGACCACGCUUUUCGUCAAUCAGAGCUCCAAAUGUCGCAGCGUUUUCACUUCGGCUCAGAAGCUGGAGGGUUACCGCCUCCUGGACCGCCAGUCGGCGCACUUCAACGACUACAACUUCGUCUUCACCAGUUACGCCAAGAGCCGCCAGCAGAAGCAGAGCUGAACCUCCGAAAUGAAGAAGCGUAAAAAGAAAUCGUGCGGCUGGCGGCGUUUGUGCGUGGAGUCUUCCGGCUGUAGAUCUUCCCCGAGUUUAACAUUUAUGCAUACCUGUACCUGUGACGUAGAUAUCGUGCAUGAAAGCUCUUCUCGUGUCUCUGUAGAUAUUCUAGCCCAUUCUUGCUGUGAUCUUGAAGUGCAUGUAGAGCUCUUGAACGUGGCGGUGGUGUGUGUGAGGCAUGUCACGCCAUCAUCCCAGUACAUGCAAUGCUCCCUUCCCUUCCUGCAAGUGUCCCCUCGCAUCCCCCACAGACAGGGUUUCCGACCUCACUAGACAAGGACCCUGACACGCUCAGAUCUGUCUCCUCUCCCGACCAAUCCAAAAGCAACGUCUUUUUAUCGGUUUGCGAAAAAGGUUUUUUUUUGGGCGUUGGUUAUUUAAAUCGCAACUCAUUUUCAAUGUGUGUGUGUUCAGCUCAACUGUGUAUAGCUAGCUAACUUUUCUGUGACUGUGAAGAUAUCCUGAAGACAAACCUAAAGUAUUCCUCGUCCGUCGUCUUUUCUUUAACCCUGCAGACGGCUGUCUUUAUCCGGUGUGCUAGAGAAGUGAAUGCGAGUAGCUUAACCGUCACCUUCAAUGUCGAGAGCCUGCUCUGAUUUUAGAGAACGUUUUGGAAAACGCAUCUCUCGUUUGAGUAAUACGCUCGUUAGAUGGUACCAGAGAAGUGAAUGUUUCAAAAGACGAGUUACUUAAUUGUUGCCUUGUGUGUUAACAACAUAUAAUCUGCAAUAUAUAGCCAUUACGGUGAAAGUUAACUGUUGUCUUCCUUUCCUCAAAUAAAAUGGCCUGUAUUAAAAAAAA